AAUUUAAUUAUCAAUUAAAAUUUAUUAUAGAUAAUGUAUAAACAUUUUUCAUGAAAACAGUACACUUUGCUAUUGAGAUAAGCAUAUAUUUUUCCAAUUACCAUUCACCAUAUGCAUGGCAAGUUAAAAUAUUAUAAAAAAAUUUUAAAUAAUUCACAGAGGAAAACGCGAUGCCUACAACAAAAGAGGAAGUUAACCAACUUAUUGCAUCUCAUAGCAUUGUGAUAUUUUCUAAAACGAGUUGUCCAUUUUGUAAAAUGGCUAAACAAGUAUUUCAUAAUUUGCAAAAAGAAUAUACUGCUAUCGAAUUGAAUGAAAGAAACGAUGGAGAUGAAAUUCAAAGUAUAUUAGGAGAAAUGACUGGAGCUAGAACAGUACCUAGGGUAUUUGUGAAUGGAGUAUGCUUAGGAGGUGGAACAGACGUGAAGAAACUUUACGAAACUGGAGAAUUACAAAAAAUGUUUUAACAUAUUACUUCUCAUAUUCUUACUACUCUUACUAUUUAUAUCAUAAUUUUAUAUACUUCUAUUAUUAUAUUGUUAAUUUUAUUAAAUAAAUAAAAACAACAAAAAA